CAAAUGAAGCAAAUGUUUCGAAUUUGAGUUCAAGUUCUGAUACUGAUUCCAGUUCAAUGCUUACUUCUACUUCUGAAAGUGAAUAUCUUGAGUCGCUAAAGGGUAUUGAAUCUGCUAUGUUCGAUGACACUUUAACCGAAUUUUUAAAAAGAUCCGAAGAUAAAACAUCAAGUGAAUCUUCAUUCGACGAUAUAACCAAUUCACCUCUACCUUUUAACGAUAGUUAUACAAGUUCAAGUUCUAAGCAUUCUAGUAUAGAUGAAGAAUUAUCAUUGAGCCCCAGUAUUAAUGAUUUUUCUGAUUCAAAUGAAUCUUUUUUUGAUAAUAAUGAUAAUGAAGAUAAUAUAAAAUUAUCAAAUGAAAUGGCAUGUGUUCUGAGGUUAUUCAAAGUUAAAUCAAGUUGCAAUUUGACAGAUGAAACCUUUCAACAAAUAAUGCUAGCGAUCAAUGGAGAUGAUAUAAGUCAAUAUAAAAUCAAGAAGACACUAAAAUCUAUUGUGAAAUUAGAGCCAACAUGGAUUGAUAUGUGUAUUAAUUCCUGUUGUGCUUAUACUAAACAAUAUAAGCAUCAUAUCCAAUGUGAUUUUUGUAAUGAACCAAGGUUUCAUAAUACAAAAAGUGAAAAAUGUAUUUCACGCCGCCAGGUAGCAUAUUUUUCAAUUAAAGACUGGCUCAUUAUUCAAUACAAAGAUCCAGAACGUUCUAAUGAAUUAAGGUAUCGUGCAAGUUAUACUUAUCAUCAAGAUUUCAGCUCAGAUGGAAAAAUUGGAGAUAUAUUUGAUGGAGAACGGUAUCAAAAACUUUUAUCCAAUGGAUUUUUUCAGGAUGAACGAGAC